UUUUCAUUUUAUUUCAAAAUUCCGUUGUCGAUCAGGUUAAUAUUAGCGUUAACUAUACUUCGACGAUCGUGCACUAUUAGUUAGAAUGGACGGUAAAUUUUUGAUUAUUUUCCUGGGAUGUCUGUGUGUGGCAUACGCCGCCAGAUCUGCUUCUCGGCCAGUUGAUAAGCAGACGGAGAAGAUUGGCCAGGAUGCAAUGAUGACCCCGCAGAAAAACAGCCCGGCCCCAGCGGCCAAAUGCGGCAUGAGCUUUCAAAAAGUGAUUUUUAAAACUUAUCAGACGGAAGAAACCCGUAUCUUCACCGGUUUAUACACCACGUAUUAUUUUAAUGUUGACCUGCAAUUUCGUGGUGAUAAUGCCGGUGCAGGCCGUCCUAUGUUUGCCAGGAAUAAGGCGCUCGUUGUUUCCGUACCUAAAGGAAGAGGUCUAGUGACGACUGUGGACGUUAAUCCGUGCGCCUAAUUUUCUUUGUGCAUGAUACAAACAUGUACAAGAAUGAAGUGAACGUCCUUUCCGAUAGAUUGUACAUUGUUUUCUAACCACCAGCUUUACAAGUUUGAUUUCGGAACAUGUUUGGGCGAAAGGUCAUAAAUGCCAUGGAGCGUUGUGUAACAAAUGCUGUCAAACGCAUUUUCUUAACGUACUUACUAACCUUGGAAUGACUAGGACUUUCGUUGGAAAACUGAUGUCAGGAUUGUUUGUUAAUGCCAUUGCUGGAAUGUUUUGUCAAAUAAAUACCGCAUCUGAUAAAUGAAUCUCUUUGCUA